GGAGGGACCAGGGGGCGCGAAGAGGGGGAGGAGAGGCGGGCCCGGAGCCCCCCGCUGCUGGCGGCCACAGGGCGGCUGGACCAGGAGGUCGGUGUCCAGCCCAGGACGGGAGCCACAGGCUAGGGAGGGGCAGAGGCUAGGCCUGAGGCCUGGACCGCUCAGUGAGCGAGGACCCGGUUCCGCUCGAAGGAUGAAUACUUGUCUUUAAAGAUGACAACCUACAGGAAAGGCCCAUUAGCCGAUCUCCCCCUGCCUGGGCCCACAGCGCCCCCCAAACCCUCACCACCCUCUCUCACUGCCUAGCCUGCCUCCCUACCUCCUCUCUGAGGUCGCUCCUCAUUCUUGUGUUACCCAGGACAGGGACCUAGCCAGAAACCGGCAGCAUUCCCCCUUCUGUGCAGUGACAGUAUCUCCCUCUCAUUGUAACUUAUCCUCAGGUCCAUUCGACAGUCCCCUCUUGCUUUCUCACCCCCUUCCUUCACCCAAGGGACCCUCUGCCUCUCCAGCCCACUUCCAGCCUCCUUUCUCUUGGUUCCGUGGUCAUGCCUGCCUCCCUGUCUCUGCCUCCCACACACACCCACUAUCCUCCCAGCUAUCCCAGCACCCUCCUUCCUAAUCUUGGGAGACAUCUCGUCUGGCUGGACGGGAAAAUUCCAGGAUCUAGGCCACACUUCUCAGCAGACAUGCCCAUCCUUGGGGAGAAGGAACAGGAGAGAGCCUGAGGAAGUUCUGGGGGACAGGGGGGAUGAUGGGAUCAAGGUCAGGCCAGGAAGCCCCUGAGGACAGAGACUGUGGGGAGACUGGGACUGGGAAGAAAGCAAAGGAGCUAGAGCCAGGGCCAAAGGAAAAGGGGGGCCAGCCGGGAGGUAUUUGCGGGGGAGGUCCAGCAGCUGUCUUUCCUAAGACAGGGACACAUGGGCCUGGUUAUUCCUCUUGUCACAUGUGGAACGGUAGGAGAUGGAAGAGGGAGACAGAACAAGCAAAGGAGGGCCCUGGGCACAGAGAUCUGUGUGUGUAGCCGUCCAAGCCCCUGGACCCUAUUAGACAAGCACCUAAGCUCAGGCUUAACCCAGCGCACGCAUGCGCACAUACAUGUGCCCCGCACCUGACAGUCCUCUCAACCUGUCCAAACCCUUUCCCCAUAACACCAGCCCAUAACAGGAGAUUUCUCUCAUGUGGGCAAUAUCCAUAUUCCCAUGUCGAAAGGGAGAAUGACAAGACAGGACUCUCUAGGGGGUUAUAGAAAGAAAAGCAGGAAAGCAAGCGUCCUGUUGGAUUUCAGCAGCAGGUGUGAUGUCCAGGGAAAAGAAAUUUGGAUAGCCAGGAGGUCCCAGGUUGCCCAUGUCCAGGAAAAGAUGGAUCCCCCUAUCCAAAUCUUCUCUGUGGUGUGUGUGGGUGGAGGAGUGGACCCUGGUCCAGGCAGGAGCUCCAGGGAAGAGAAGGCGUCACUUCCGGGGGCCUUCACCAGUGUCUGGUGGCUCCCUUCUCUGAUUGGGCAGAAGUGGCCCAGGCAGGCAUAUGACCUGCUGCUGUGGAGGGGCUGUGCCCCACCGCCACAUGUCUUCCUACCCAUCUGCUCCCCAGAGGGCUGCCUGCUGUGCACUUGGGUCCUGGAGCCCUUCUCUACCUGGAUAGAUUCCUCAUCCUUGGCCCGCCUUUGCCCCACCCUACUCUGCCCAGAAGUGCAAGAUCCCAAGCCGCCUCCAUGGCCCCAGGAAGGAUUCAGGGGAGAGGCCCCAAACAGGGAGCCACGCCAGCCAGACACCCCGGCCAGAAUGGAGCUGACUGAAUUGCUCCUCGUGGUCAUGCUUCUCCUAACUGCGAGGCUAACUCUGUCCAGCCCGGCUCCUCCUGCUUGUGACCUCCGAGUCCUCAGUAAACUGCUUCGUGACUCCCAUGUCCUUCACAGCAGACUGAGCCAGUGCCCAGAGGUUAACCCUUUGCCCACACCUGUCCUGCUGCCUGCUGUGGACUUUAGCUUGGGAGAAUGGAAAACCCAGAUGGAGGAGACCAAGGCACAGGACAUUCUGGGAGCAGUGACCCUUCUGCUGGAGGGAGUGAUGGCAGCACGGGGACAACUGGGACCCACUUGCCUCUCAUCCCUCCUGGGGCAGCUUUCUGGACAGGUCCGUCUCCUCCUUGGGGCCCUGCAGAGCCUCCUUGGAACCCAGCUUCCUCCACAGGGCAGGACCACAGCUCACAAGGACCCCAAUGCCAUCUUCCUGAGCUUCCAACACCUGCUCCGAGGAAAGGUGCGUUUCCUGAUGCUUGUAGGAGGGUCCACCCUCUGCGUCAGGCGGGCCCCACCCACCACAGCUGUCCCCAGCAGAACCUCUCUAGUCCUCACACUGAACGAGCUCCCAAACAGGACUUCUGGAUUGUUGGAGAAAAACUUCACUGCCUCAGCCAGAACUACUGGCUCUGGGCUUCUGAAGCGGCAGCAGGGAUUCAGAGCCAAGAUUCCUGGUCUGCUGAACCAAACCUCCAGGUCCCCGGACCAAAUCCCCGGAUACCUGAAGAGGAUACACGAACUCUUGAAUGGAACUCGUGGACUCUUUCCUGGACCCUCACACAGGACCUUAGGAGCCCCGGAUAUUUCCCCAGGAACAUCAGACACAGGCUCCCUGCCACCCAACCUCCAGCCUGGAUAUUCUCCUUCCCCAACCCAUCUCCCUACUGGACAGUAUACGCUCUUCCCUCUUCCACCCACCUUGCCCACCCCUGUGGUCCAGCUCCACCCCCUGCUUCCUGACCCUUCUGCUCCAACGCCCACCCCUACCAGCCCUCUUCUAAACACAUCCUACACCCACUCCCAGAAUCUGUCUCAGGAAGGGUAAGGUUCUCAGACACUGCCGACAUCAGCAUUGUCUCAUGUACAGCUCCCUUCCCUGCAGGGAGCCCCUGGGAGACAACUGGACAAGAUUUCCUACUUUCUCCUGAAACCCAAAGCCCUGGUAAAAGGGAUACGCACGACUGAAAAGGGAAUCAUUUUUCACUGUACAUUAUAAACCUUCAGAAGCUAUUUUUUUAAGCUAUCGGCAAUACUCAUCAGAGCAGCUAGCUCUUUGGUCUAUUUUCUGCAGAAAUUUGCAACUCACUGAUUCUCUGUAUGCUCUUUUUCUAUGAUAAUUCUGCAAAGGCCUGGGCUGGCCUGGCAUUUGAACAGAGGGAGAGACUAACCUUGCGUCAGAAAACAGAGAAAGGGUAAUUUCCUUUGCUUCAAAUUCAAGGCCUUCCAACGCCCCCAUCCCCUUUACUAUCAUUCUCAGUGGGACUCUGAUCCCAUAUUCUUAACAGAUCUUUACUCGUGAGAAAUGAAUAAGCUGUCUCUCAGAAACGCUGUCCCUAUACAAUAGACAAAACUGAGACUGUAUAAGGAAUAAAUGAGAGCGCCCAAAAGCUCCCU